CAGACACCAGCGAGGCGCGCGGGUGGGCGCACGCGCGCUGGCUUUUCCUUUUUCUCUUCGUCUCUGCGCCGGGAGGGGGAAGUGGACGCGCUGCCUGGCUGCUUUUCAGCCGCUGCUUUUCGCAGUGUGUGAGAGGCGUGGGGCAGAGCCGGAGAGUCCCUGCGGCAGGAGGCAGGGAAGGGAACAGGGAGCGCAGCUGCGUUCAGCCCUGCGCUGCCUUGGAGUUCCAGGCGGCCGGCAAAGGGGGUUUCUUUCCCGGGGCUGAGCUGGCGAGGGCGCAUGGAGCCUUGGAAGCAAUGCGCUCACUGGCUCAUCCAGUGCCGGGUGCUGCCGGUCAACCACCGGGUGAUCUGGGACACGGCGCAGGUGUUCGACCUGGCCCAGACCCUCCGCGAUGGAGUCUUGCUUUGCCAGCUGCUCAACAACUUGCGCCCUCACGCCAUCAAUCUUAAGGAGAUCAACCUCCGACCUCAGAUGUCCCAGUUUCUCUGUUUAAAGAAUAUAAGAACCUUCCUUUCGGCCUGCUGUGAGACAUUUGGGAUGAAGAGGAGUGAACUUUUUGAAGCAUUUGACUUGUUUGAUGUCCGUGAUUUUGGAAAGGUCAUUGAAACAUUAUCCAGGCUUUCCCGCACCCCUAUUGCUUUAGCCACUGGAAUAAGGCCGUUUCCGACAGAAGAGAGUGUGAAUGAUGAAGAAAUUUACAAAGGCCUUCCAGAUUUAAUAGAUGAAAGUGGUGUUGAUGAGGAUGAAGAUCUUUAUGAUUGUGUUUAUGGGGAAGAUGAAGCUGAUGAAGUCUAUGAAGACCUAAUGAAAGCUGAAGCAGCACAUCAGCCUAAAUGUCCUGAAAAUGACAUAAGAAGCUGCUGCCUUUCCGAAAUAAAACAGACUGAAGAGAAAUACACAGAAACAUUGGAAUCAAUUGAAAAGUUUUUUAUGGUGCCCCUGAAAAGGUUUCUGACCACAUCAGAGCUUGAGACAGUAUUCAUCAACAUUGCCGAUUUGGUGAAAAUCCACAGAAGUUUAACACAGGAUAUUCAUGAAUCCAUUGUAAACAAAAGUGACCAGAACCUGUAUCAAAUUUUUAUUAGCUACAAGGAAAGAAUGGUUAUUUAUGGGCAGUACUGCAGUCAGGUAGAGACGGCCAUAUACUGUUUAGAUAACAUCUCCAAGACAAGAGAAGAUGUUAAGCUGAAACUAGAGGAAUGUUCCAAAAGAGCUAAUAAUGGGAAGUUUACUCUGCGGGAUCUUCUUGUGGUUCCAAUGCAGCGAGUUCUGAAAUACCAUCUGCUGCUUCAGGAGCUCGUAAAACACACUAGUGACCUAAAUGAGAAGGCCAAUCUAAAAUUGGCACUUGACGCAAUGAAGGACUUGGCACAGUAUGUAAAUGAAGUGAAGCGGGAUAAUGAAACUCUCCGUGAAAUUAAACAAUUUCAGUCUUCAAUUGAGAAUUUGAACCAGUCACUUUUACUGUAUGGAAGACCCCAGGGUGAUGGUGAAAUAAGAAUAACAACCCUGGACAAGAGGGCAAGGCAAGAUAGGCAUAUCUUCUUAUUUGACUUGGCUGUAAUUGUUUGCAAACGGCGAGGUGAUAAUUAUGAAAUGAAGGAUAUAAUUGAUCUUCAGGAAUACAAAAUAACCAAUAACCCCACCACAGACAAAGAGAACAAAAAGUGGUCUUAUGGCUUCUACCUCAUCCACAUUCAAGGACAAAAUGGGCUAGAACUCUAUUGCAAAACAAAAGAUUUGAAGAAAAAGUGGCUUGAGCAGUUUGAAAUGGCACUGUCCAACAUAAGGCCACAUUAUGCAGAAACAAGUACUCAUGACUUCAAAAUGCAUACAUUCAGUCGUGUAACAUCUUGCAAAGUCUGUCAGAUGCUUCUGAGGGGAACAUUUUAUCAAGGCUAUUUAUGUGCAAAGUGUGGAGCUGGAGUCCACAAAGAAUGUUUGGGAAGGCUAGACAAUUGUGGCAGAGCUAAUUUGGGUGAACAUGAGACCCUGAAACAUGAGAAACGACCAAAUGGACUUCGAAAGAUCCCCAGGCAUAUGGAUCCAGGCUUACCACAAAUGCAAGUAAUUAGAAACUAUAGUGGAAUACCACAGCCAGAUCCACAUGAUGGUCCUCCACUACACAUCCAGAUCGGGGAUAUCAUUGAACUCAUCAAAGGGGAUCCACACAGCUUGUUUUGGCAGGGUAGAAAUGUAGUGACCCAGGAGCUUGGUUUCUUUCCAAGUGAUGCAGUAAAACCUUGUCCAUGUGUUCCUAAACCAGUAGAUUAUUCCUCCCAACCAUGGUAUGCAGGGACAAUGGAAAGGCUGCAAGCAGAGGCUGAACUUAUUAACCGGGUAAAUAGCACUUACUUAGUGCGGUGUAGGACUAAAGAAUCAGGAGAAUACGCUAUUAGCAUUAAGUACAAUAAUGAAGUGAAGCACAUAAGGAUUUUCACAAGAGAAUGCUUUUUUCAUAUUGCAGAAAAUAGGAAAUUUAAAAGUUUAAUGGAACUUGUGGAGUAUUACAAGCAUCACUCUCUCAAAGAAGGCUUCCGAAGUUUGGAUACAACUCUUCUGUGCCCAUACAAGGAAUGUGAAAAUUCGCUGGACCAAAGGCGUAACAGACCAAGUAGCAAUUUGCUGAGUCCCAAGGUCCUUGGUAUAGCUAUUGCCCGCUAUGACUUCUGUGCAAGGGACAUGCGUGAAUUGUCCCUGCUCAAAGGAGAUGUGGUCAAAAUUUACACAAAGAUUAGUGCCAAUGGCUGGUGGAGAGGUGAAGUAAAUGGAAGGGUGGGCUGGUUUCCAUCAACCUAUGUAGAAGAGGAUGAAUGACCUGAAGAUCGAGUUGGUACUCUUGAUCAUAAACUGCAGGGACUGUGAAACUCUGCAACACAUUAUUUGUCUUGUUAAGUAUUUGAAAUGUAGCACUUCUGUUUGUUAAAACCCUCCAGUUUUAAUGCUGGGAUUACUAAAGAAAUUUGUGUUGACAGAUUAAUAUCUCACUCAGAGUUGUGCAAAGAAGCAACCUACCAGCUUGCCACCACUGGGGACCAGUACAAAAUUCUAACUUCGCCUUCCUGAAGAAUCACUUCAAAACAGACUUUUUAUUUUUUUAAGAAUGCUUCUUUUCAUUCCAUCCUGCUGUAUACAGUGAAUACUAAGUAUGGGUAACUAUUUACUAACCUCUGUUUCUUUUCCUGUUAGCUAACGUCUCUGACGGCAUUAGGAGAGAAGGGCUUUACUUUAUUGUUGCCUAUUGCUGCUUUCAGGGGAAAAAAACUUUUAGCAUUCCAGUAGUCAUGCGGUCAGUGUUAUUUAUCUUGAAAUUUCCAGCAGCACCAAUUAACCUUGCACAGUCACCAGGGCUGCAAUCUCUAAACACGCUUUCUGGAACUAAGCUCAAUUCAACACCGUUUUGCAUGCUAUUUUGCAGAGAAAGAAUACAAAAUAAUGUAAUCUUUAAUUUCAGGGUUAUUUUAACUGGCUUGUCUUCUUUUUAAAAAAAAGUUUUAUGAAACAGCAAACAUUAGAAAGUGGUUUGUGGCUUAGCAUAUAGUUAUGUUAGAAAAAGGGAUUAUAUUGUAUUUAAGGUUACAGAUUCUUAACACAGAAUAUUUCUUACAGAAAUGAGUUUUUUAAUGCACAUGUCCAUAUAUUCUAUCAAAUUUUAUGCAUCUAGGAGAUGUUAUGGUUUUAUAGAUACAGGGCACAGUUUAAUAUUGUAUCAUGGUCAUUAUUAAAAGUUCUGCUAAUAUGCAAGAUCUCUCACUGUCCUGUUGCCUUACUUGGCUCAGUGGGGCCAGUAAGAGUUGUGUCCUUAAGUAUUAUAUUAUUAAACACAGAAAGCAAUUCAAGUGAGAAAUGCUGCAUCCUUUCUCCCCCACCCAUUGUGAAAUGAACUGUACUUUAUUUCUAAGACAAAUUGUCAUUUUCUCAUUCACUGGCUUUCAUCAUUGGGGUAAACUGAUCUUUUUUUCACUAUAAAAAUAUUUGGGACAAGUUAAUAAGCACCUUGUAAUUUCUAAGAUACUAACAAUCCAAUCUCUGAUGAGGGCUCUUGUCUUUAUGCUCAGUCCCUCAGUUUUGUCAGGCAGAGAGCAGACUUGCAGAACUGUACAUGAGAGCAACUUGUUGUGGAAGCCCAGAUUUCUAGAGUUUGAACAAUAGUGAAUGACACCAUGCACAACACAUAAUGAUAACAUAGUCAAGCAGAUCGCUAACAUCUCACGAAGUCCCAGGGUGGGAUCCAAAGAAUCUCAUGGCUACUAACACUCUUGAGGACCCAAAUUUCCCACACCUGCAACUGUUCCUCACAUUCACCAUGAAGCUAUCCCUGAAGGUCAGGUCAUCCUUCCGCAAUGGCAUCCUACUUAUGAGAAGCUGCAAUCAGAAGUGAAAACCAAGAAAAUGCUCUGGCAUGUACAGAAGCACUUUUGGUUCACAAAAAGUGCUCUUGGAUUGAGGACCAGAGAGAAGCAAAACCCUCUGGUUGAUGUUUUAUUUGAGAGCCAUUAUAUAUAAAAUCCGCAGCUGGAAACCUUGGAGAUCUGCUUCAUUUUUGUUCCAUCUCACAAACUUGUAUAGUGUGCCUAGACACCAUCCAUACUCAGUACAGAUGCAUGCGUGCACAUAUACCGUUUCCCCACUUGCCAUUCCUAAUGUUCAUUUGCCUCUAACUGAAUGCUUGUUCAUUCAGUUGUCCAUUGAUUCUAAUUGAAUACUUGGGGAGACAUCCAGCACCCAGAAUUUGUUAAGGCAUCCCCAAUUCUGCCUUUGUUCAGGAGUUUGUCAUCAAACAGAGAUGAAGGGGAGUGGGGUGUUGCACAUGAGAAAUGCUCUCAGCCUCUGUGUUUGUUCAUUCUUACAGUUUAACAUCACCAGAUAUAUAACAGCAUAGAGAAGUUCAAAAUGAUGUAAACCUUGAUUUUAUUGAAUACACUAUUUUGAUGGAACCAGUUGCAGCAUUUCUAAAUGAUUCCAGAAAUGUAUUUUACAAAAUGGCCCGAUCUUAAAUGUUAGAGUAGGAAUGCUCCCUUGAUGCUUUUUUCUGUAAUAACUAGUUUUGACUGAUGAUCUUGUUUCUUAAGUGGGCAAAUUGCUUUAUCAAGAGCAAUUGCCUGUUUUUAAUGGGAUAGGGUUUUGUAUCUAGAUCUGUGAAAUGUAUUGUGCUGUGUCCUCAGUGUUUAUCUGUCUUGUAGGGGGAGAAUCAGCUUAAGAUAAAAAUUAAGAAAUGUAUAUUUUCAACAAAACUUUUUGAUGAAUAGUUAGAUAACCUAAACUCAUUAAAGUCAUGUUAUAUCUAAACACUUCCCUCCUAUUGGUAUUCAGACAACCAGACCCAACAGUUCGUUAGGGAGAGGGAAUUCCAACUUUUGCAAGAGUUUUUGCAUUAACUUCAGUGAGAGAAGAGAGACAGCUUGUUUUGUGAAACUAAGGUUGUUGAUUUGGAACCUGGAAAUCUUGUCUGUGUCUAACAUCCCAGUCGCAGACAAAUAACAUGCAGAUGCUGCUUCACUUCCCCUGCUUAUUCCUUGAUCCCACAGCUCACCCACCUCCUGCCUGUUAGGAUAGCUUCUCUUUGCCUCAUAGCAGUGGGAAGGAGAGGGGAGGAGCGGACCAAGUCUUCAUCUUCUUUUCCUGCAGCAGAUCUGUUAAAGAGUUGAACAGGGUCUCUGGAUUGUGAGUUGGCAAUCCAGCACGAAACCCUUUGCAUAGGUGGGCCUUCUCCUUCUAGGACAGUGAAUGGGGAACACUAUUCAUGCUGAAGCUCCAUAUGUGCACUGAAGUACCUGCAGAACUCUGGGUCAGGAUUGUGCUUAUGUGUUGUCAUUUUUAAUGCCCUGUGUUGAACAAGUUAAAUGCUGCAUUGUAUUACAUUUCAGAUACCAAAGAUUUAAUAUGCUAGAGCCUUUGCUUUUCUUUCUUCCUGCAAUGCAUUUUCUUUUUGUCCCUAUGCCUGAUCUUGCCCUUGGACAGUGAGCUGGGGCAGUACUUUAAUUUGUAAUUUUGUGUAAAUAUGUGAAUAUAUUAAUAAACUGGUUAAUUUCUUGUUUAAUGAA